AUAGUGUGAAAUUUUAGUAUUACGACGGAAGUCAACAAAAACGGUACAUAAUGUAGCAUGAAUCAUCAUUUUAUGGCCUUAAUUCUGAACGAAACAGAAUACGUUGUGUAAAGUGCGGUAAAGAUACGCUUUGGACGUGUUAAGGGCGAUGCACUUAUUAUUUUCCCCACGCUUGGAACACACAAUUCAACGGAGAUUUCGCGGACAAAUAUCGAGACGACAAAUCUAUAUGCGCCAUAGAAAUGUUUGAAUAAUCGUACAUAAUUUGAAGAGGUGUAAACAUUCUUCGUAUAAAGUCGAGUAACAAUGCUGUAUGUAUUUCUGGUUGAUACUGGAGCUAUGCUGACUUUUGAAAUGGAAUUAGCGAUGGAAAGUGUUGAAGAAUUAAUGAAAUCCAUAACAUCAACUUUCAUGAUCCCAUUGGAGAAACAAGUAUUAAUAAUGCAAGGAGGAGAAGCACUGGAUCCCAAAAAUCGUAUUUGUAAUUACUCAAGUGCAGGAACAGAACACAAUCCAAUAUUCCUAUUUAGCAAAACAACUAUUGAGUCACCAAUGCCACCUUCUCCAAGUUUGAACUUAGGAUCAGAAAUGUCACUUAAGGAAGAAGUGGAAAAGUCGCUGUUGUUACCUCCCACAUAUGAGACUCUUGUAUCCAGGGCAAAGCUAGCCAUGAGGUUCCAGGAUAUGGGUGCUGAAUUAUUGCAAAGUUGUGUUACCCUUAUUAAUGAACAGCAUCUUCAAAGACAAGGAUGGCUGGCUGUGGUUGCAAACUUAGAGAGUAUUGCAAGCAAAUUUGAAACCAGGGGAAGCAUCCUAGAACAAAAUUAUACAGAUUUUUUGAAGAUUAUUCCUGAAUAUAGAUCACUGCUUGACAGUUUUCAAGAUGUUAUUGAUCAACUUUCCAAGCUUCCGGUGUUUCUUUGUCUGAUAAAAGAUGAUAUGAAAUCACUCAUAUCUACAGAUGGUGUACCCACUCUUUUGGAUUGGAUAAAUGCUCAAGAUGAGAGAAACAGUCUUGAAGACAUGGUCCGUCAGUGUAUUGAUGCUUUGGGACAGUUUCAAAACUCUUCAUUAGUUGAGAUAAAGAAUGACCAGGAGCAUGUACUUGGAGAUGUUUCGAACAAGAACAUCAAAGAAAUUGGUGGUUUAGAAGAACGAUUGAGUAUGCUGUCGCACCUUUGUGAUAAAGCUAAUUCACUGGGCCAGGAACAAUCUGAUAUGGCACAGGGAUUUUCUCAAAACCAAGUGCGUGCACAGAAUAUCGGAGAUCCUUCUGUUUUACCAGAUCUUUGUUCCAGUCAUCAGGCUCAACUGUCGCUCAUGAUGCACAACCAUACACAAUUAAGAGAUAUUCGAAGGAAAUGCGCCAAAGCAAAAGACGAGCUUUCUGUCAACUUGCACGCCCGCCUCAGGUGGGUGAUGAUGAUCGAAAAAAAUAUUUGUGAUUGUGACAACAAGUUGGUGAUGUAUCAUGAAAGCAUGAAGCGGAUGAAAAAACGCGUGGAAAUUUUGGAACAAAUUAAAGAUGCUCCUCGUAUUUACGCUAUGACUGUUAAAGAAGUUGUACGAAGGCGCGAAUUUUCAUCGCAGUUUUCAAAGUGGGCCAAAGAUGUUUCCCAACAAUCAAAUGGAGUUUAUAAACAAGAGAUCGCCAGCCGUCAGGAUUACUUGGACUUCGUUGGCAACCAUUUUCUUAAGAAUCUUUUCACUGGAAUUGAUGACAUGCCGACACAAUUUGUUCCCAUUCCUGAAGAUUUUGAUAAUGAUCUUCCUCCUCUGACUUGUGCUGAUCUACAAGAACUCAGAAACCUCGUUCCUAAUAUAUUUGAUAAACAAUCAAUACGGAACAAACCGGGCGAAGACGUUCGGAUAAUAACGUUUGGUAAAUCAUUAAGCUGCAACGAUUUGCCUUCGGUCAACGAGUUUGUAAUGAAGUCCUCACUUGAUGAAAUGGAUGGUAAAAUGGAUAAUAGAACUAAAGUAAUAGGUAAAUCGAAUGAAAUGGAGAGGAUAAGUGUAACCACACAAACCAUGGAACGUCAUGACAUAUUAUCAUCUAAUAUAGCCAUUAAAGAAAGAUUACUUACGAGUAUUAAUACUUUACGUAGCGAACUGCAGCAAUUAAGGGAAACUACAACGUCUUGGGACGAGAGUGUGAAGAACUAUGUUAAUGAACGAUUGUUUGUUUGUGAAGAGUUCAAACUAAACGAAAGACUUAGAUUACUGGCAGCGGAAAAUGAUAGUAAAAGUCUCAAGGAGUUGACUAACAGUCUUGAUGCGAUGAAAAAGAAAAUAUCAAGUCUAAAUUCUGAAAAUGAAUCAUUGAGAAAAGAAAUUGAGGCGAGAGAUACAAGUUUUUCGGAGAAAGAAAUGAGAUAUCGUAAUGAUCUUGAACGGCAAAAACAAUAUGCAACUGAAUUAGAGUCUGCAAAAGAGACUUUUGAAGCUGAGCAGCAAAUACGUUUCAACAGUGCUAUUGGUCGUGUUAUGAAGGAAAAGGAGAACGCUUUAAAGAAAGCCGACGAACAGUUAACCUCUUUCAAACUUUCACAAGAGAAAAAGGACGAGAAACUUCAAGUAUUGUUUAAUGAAAAGGAGACGUUGCGUCAGGGGAGUGAAGAAUAUGCAAGAAAAAUUGUGGAAGCACAAAUUGAGAUUGAUAAGAUGAAGAAGGAAAUGGAAAGAUAUAUUAUGGAAACACAAAUACAUUUGGAGGAAAAGGAACGACAGUUUAAUGAAAAGUUAGAACAUGAGAGAAAAGAAAGUGCAUUAAUGCUUGAAACAGAGAGACAAAAAUGGGAAACAGACUCUUCAGGAUCUGGUUCUGGGCAAAUCAUUAGUGAACUGGUAGAAGCCCGUCUUAAUAAGAGAAUAAAACUCUUGGAAGAGGAGAAUAGUUUAUUGAGGGAUCGUCUGAAAUCUGGUCCAGAUUGUGAUGAAAAGCUAUUGUUUGUUGAAUUACAACAGUCACUGGACGAAAAAUGCAAGGAAUGCAUUGCUCUUCAGGAUCAACUAAAACUUUUGCAACAGAAGCCUCGUAGCUCUCAAGUUGUUUCCAAAGAUCUUCAGAAAGGUGAUAUCGUUGAAGUUUAUUAUAACGAUCCAUAUGAACUCUACAUGAUCAGAAGCGAAGGGGAAACGCUUUAUUUUGUUCAUCCUGACUCGUUGGUUAAUAUUGAUUUACCAGAAUUGAAAUCAAGGCAUACAUUUCACGCACAAAUCUUGGACAAGGAAUAUUGUCAGGCCAAGAAGGCCAAUAACCGAUUCAAAGUUACCGCUGGCACAAAGUUCUAUCGUGUAAAGGUCAGACCUUGGGAUCCCUCAAGCUCACAAAGUAGACCGUCAUCAUAAAUUUAAAGUUUUGAAUGUAGAAAAAUCGGGACAUAUAUCAGAAUAUUUGUACUGCUUAAUAAAUACAAAACGAAACAUAAAUCAGAUUCAAACUUAACAUGAUCAAACCCCACGACAAUGUAAUUCACGAUGUUUCCUCAAAUAUUUUCCUGCUUGCCCACCUGCAUGAAUGUGGAAAAAUUUUUGCAACAACAUUUGCGAAAUGUUUCCCUUAUUUGGCCAGGCAUGGAAAUUGAACGAAAACUCCCUCCUCUAUAGAGGCUUUAAAAUGCGCUUGCUUUUAUUUAAAACCUUUGCGUGGAAAGAGUGGGAAAACACUAUGGAAAACACAAUUUUCUCAACGAUGUUUCCUGCUUUUCUUGGACUUUCUUUUGUACAUGAAAUCAAAUUUUAGGACGUUACUGCUUAUAGCUGUCUCGGUGUAGGAUUAGUUUAUUCCAGUAUUCUGACAAUAGAACACAAUAUUUACUAACACCAUAUAAUAAUGAAUAAAUAGGGGCCUGCAUAAAUAAUCGAUAGAUAAUCUUGUUCAUAUUCAACAAACUGUUUGAGCCUAGUAAUAAGUUUUUACCGUAGUACAAAUGUACUUCGUCAAAAUCUUGCCAAUGCAAAAGUUCAUUUUCACACUGUAAAACUAUAGGUCUAUAUAGCAUGCCUAUAGACUUCUGAGGGUACAGCAAUAUGUCAAUGCUAAUUUUAUUUAACAUUGUAUAUAAUACAAUUAUUACAA